AUGGCUACCGCAGCACCAACAGGUUCCUCGAGCAAGGAGACAACUAACUACGCUCGCCUAUGUCGUCUGCUAGUUGAUGUGGGUACCCAGGCCCUUAGAGACACAUUUGAUGCCAUCCAUCCACCAGCCAAUCUUCACACAAUUUUGACCGCUAAUAUUACCACCUUACAGUCCCUGAGAACAAAAAAGGUUAUAAACGCGACGCAAUGGGGAAAGCUUUUUCCAGCCAACCCUACUUUUGUUUCAUCGGCCAAUUUCGACAUCACGCUUUUAAUGAUUCUGUUGCGAAACAUGUGCGGCUUACCUUCUCCUGUAGCAGGCUGGGAUACACUUCCUGCUGUAACGGAUGUGAGUCUUGAAGCUGAUAUCACCCGAAUUAAAUAUUACAGAAACUCUGUGUACGGUCAUGCCGAGUGUGCUUCAGUUGAUGACUUAACGUUCAACGCAUGUUGGGGUGACAUACGGAAAACUCUGGUGAGACUUGGAGGAGAAAAGUACAGAGCAGACAUUGACAAUCUUGAAACUGAGUGCAUGGACCCUGAAGUUGAAGAACACUCCAAAGAACUCCUCAGCCAAUGGAAAAAGGAUGAAGAAAACGUUAAAGAUAAACUAGAUGAGGUCAUCAAAAAGCUGGAUGAUUUGAAAACAUCAAGUUUGCCUCGAAAGAAGAAAUCUGCGAUCGAAGGUUAAGGAAGCUUUAGUUUCACUAAUUUUGCUUGUUCAAAGCUUGUUUAUGGCAAUGGUCUACGAUCUGUAUCAACGUAAAAGACUAAACGCAAAGAGAGCGAAGAGAAAAGAGUUUUGUUUGGGUUUUACACCCCAUUCAAACUAAAGCUUUAAAAAAUUUUUAAAGCUGUUUUUUGAAACACGGUGUAAUUUUUUUUUCUUCAUAGAAGCUGCGUACACAGAUGUUUGUCGACUUAAUACAAGUCAUGAAAAAUUCAGUUCUACAGUUCUCUGUUUCUGAUUUUCAUUACGUUUCACCCGGUGUAACUAAACAUGUUUUGCUUGUGUGAAUGGUGUUUUAAUUACCUUCGCUUGAUUUCGCCGAUAUGUAUACAUAGGUACUAUAUCACAAAAAACUCACAGCUUUAUGACAUUUCAAUAUCACUCUUUGGAAUAGAACUAGAAGAGAAUACUCCAUAAUACGCUUUAUACCUCUUUAUGUAAGCAAAUAACCUAACUUUCACUUUGAAUUUUUUAUUUGUAUAUUUGUAAGGUGAGUCCACUGUACUGGAGGGGCUGUUGGAGAAUUCUGUGAUGUGUAGAGAAAAAGGCCAUGAGACCGAACCUCUGGAUCGCUAUUGUAAGAAAUGUAAAGUUUCCAUUUGUGGCAGGUGUGGAGAGACUCGUCACACUCAUCACACCAUAGUUAAUAUCCAAGAGGCCGCCGAGGAAGAGAAACUAAUGUUGGAAGCGACUUUAGAACAAGUGAAAAUGGAAGAAGUUGACCUUGAGAUGCAAAUGAACAGAACGACAGAACUUUUUACAAUUAGUAAGGAAAAAAUAACCGAAGCUCGUAAGAAUGUUUGCACAACAAUUGAAGAACUCAUUCGUACAUUAAAGGAGCAUGAAAGGACCAUUUUGACCGAGUUAAAUGUUAUUGAAAAUGCACAACAAAGAGAUUAUUCAAUACAAUUAGAACACUUGCAAGCAUCUGUGAACGAAUUAAAACGCUCUGUGAAAAAUUGCAAGGAAAUCCUACGAAAAAACGUUAGCGUCGAAACUCUACAAGCACAACAUGAUGAAAUUGAAAGGUGUAAAGGUGUUCUAAAAGCACCGAAAAAGGAAAUUUAUAAGCCAUGCCACCUUCGCUAUCAGACAGAUGAGGAGUACCACGAGAGGUUGACAGGGUCUGCUCCUGGUAGAGUUAUUAUUAGCAAAACCGAUCCCUUAAGGUCAUAUUUACAAUGGAGAGGCUGGGGAAAAGCUGAAGCCGGAAAAAGGAUGAGCUUUGACAUCAUAACUGUUGAUUCAGAUGGGGAAAACUUUAUCCAGGAAAUCGAUGAGAUCAAAGUGAGAGUUCAGAGUCCAUCAGGGCUAAUGGAUCUCGACCCCGAAUCACAACGGUUGAGUAAUUGUUAUGUUCUCAAACCACUCUGUGAUGGAGAACAUGAGAUUACAGUUUCAGUUAACGAUCAACCGCUUCCUGAUACUCCCCAGAGGCUCCUUGUGGCUCCAUACUCUUAUUCAUUCACCAGUGAAUUACAGCCACGUAGAAAAGUUGAGCAAGUCAAAGAACCCUGUGCUGUUGCAAUACACAGUAGGACACGGAAAUGGGUAGUAGUUGAUCGAAAGAAAAAAAGGGUGCAAAUUUUUGAUGUAGAUAUAAAAGAACUUGGUGAGUGUGAGGCAGUGCUGAAAGACCCCACCUCAGUUGCAUUCACUCAAUCUGGUGAUGUCAUAGUCAUUUCCGCUGGUGCCAUGCUUUCUUUUACUUCUAGUGGUAAAUUUAUUGCUCAGAUCAACAACAAACACUUGAAAGUCCCAUUCUCACUGACUAUUGCAUGUGAUGGCCGCAUGGUAGUGUGCGACUCAGGGGACAAGUCAGUCAAGGUCCUUUCCUCCGACGGGACAGAAUUAUUACAGACCUUCAAUGCUCCAGACUGUGACGACUCCCCAUGGGAGGCUGUUUGUCACCAAGACAUGUUCUUCGUGUCUUACCCCACAGCCGGUUGUGUUAAAACAUUUAACAAUGUCGGGGACUUUCUUUACGAUAUUGGGAAAAGACAACUGAUUGAGCCCCGUGGACUUGAUGUCGACGCCUUUGGCAAUUUGAUUGUUUGCGACGCAAAAAACAAGACUUUGAAAAUUUUCAAACUGGAGGGAAAAUUUCUAAAUGGGAUUCACCACAACCUGCUCGACUGCCCUUGGUCUAUUGCUGUCAGCCCAAGCAGUCCAUUGUUUCUCAUAGCUGAUCCGGUCAAAAAAAGGGUCUUAUUCUUUUCGUAA